UAGUUAGACACCUGGCUGUUUGGGAAGGCUCAAGGUCAGGCUAGACAAAUUAAUUGAGAAGGGGAGAAAAGACAACUAGUAAUUUUAAAAAGGAUGAUCAGCCUUCUGUCAGUAAAAUCUCUGGAAAUUAACAGGUUUUCUUCAGUCUAUGCAACCUUUAUUAUCAUUUGCUUUAGGGUAUUCUAACAUGUAACAAGCAAAACUUACUAAAACCUGUUCACAAUCCUAAAGCAACCUUUGUUUACUAGGAUGACAGGCUAAACUCUUAAAAACACACCUUUUUAACUUUGGCUAUUAUAAUAUGACAAAAUCAUAAUUAUACAAAACAAAAAAAAUUCAACUUUUCAAAAGCAGACAUUUAGGUUUUGGAGCUCAGUCGAGGCCCUAGAACCAGGUAGACCUCUAAGUCCCCCUCCCACUACAAUGUAAGAUGAGCAGGGCUCGUCCCACUAACAGAGAAGCUCAGUGGACACAUCUUCCUCUGGCAGGUGAGUUGCUGGAAUUCUAUGGUGUUCAGGUCUCGCAGACACUAGGAAAAUGCUUGUUUCCCUGUGGGGCAUACAUGGGCUGCAAAGAGGGUGCCGAGAGAAAUUCAGAUAAAUAGAGCUUAAGCUUUAAGCUGUUUGUACAGAGAGUGGAUACAAAUGGUACCAGAGGAAGUUAGUUUAAGCUGUUUGUACAGAGAAUAGAUACAAAGGAUGGCUAAGAAAAAGUUAGCUUGGGUUGUUUGUAUGGAGAUUAAAGACAAGUUAUUUAUGCUAAAAUAAGAUACUAAAAACAGGAGAUGGUGUCAGGACAUAAACAACUUGUAAAUAGGGUGAUCUUUAAAAUGAUUGGUUUGUUCCUUCACUCCCUCCUAGGGUUCUGAGGUUUUCUGGUAUAAAAGAGGCUUACUGCCUCUGAUUGUCUCCGGGUAAGAGGGAGGCUGGGGAACGGGGGUGAGCGGUGUGCACUUGCCUUUCCUCGGUUCCAGGCCACCUCUUCACAGGUGACCUAAGUUCCUGGUGAGGCAGGUCCCCACAGCUGGUGCCCUAAUGUGGGGCUUGAAGUACUUCGGCUGAGGCCAAGCGGUCUUCCAGGGUAAGUGAAACCCUCAGUAUGGGUAAUGCAACCUCCUCAAGUGAUAAGCCAGCCCUCAAGGUCCUGCGUUAUAUGUUUAAGUCUAGAGGGCUUGAAAUUUCUAAAAGUAAUAUUGUCGCCACCUGGGAGAUUAUAAUUCUCCUUGCCUUUUGGGUGCCUAGUGCCAACCUUUUUCCUGCAGCACUUGGGCCCAAAUGGAAAAGUUGGCAAGAGAAAGGGGGAAACAUUUCGGCAUACUGCCACCCUGGGCUUCUACCCCACUAUCACAGCCCUUAAGGUGGCUUUUCACCCAGAUUCUCUGCUACCCCCUUUUCAGGAGUCAAAGAGGGAAAAUGAUUCUCCCCAAGGGUUAGAAAAGAAAGAAAGGAAAACACACCCCCCCCCCCAGGGGCCAAAAAGGACUGGGAAGGUUCUGAGAAUAAAGAAAAAAAAAUUGGGGCCAAAUUUGGCAAGGAGCGUGCAAAAUUCACAGAGAAAUAUACAGUAGAGGUUAAAGCAAAAGUAAAAAUCACUGUGCCCGAUCCCUGGGCCUCAAGGGAUUCUGGCCCUCCACCUUGGACCCUGGAGCUGAGGUCGCUCAAACACCAUACAUGGCAUUAAGGAGAGAUCUCUGUAAUAUGGACCUCUACAACCAGCCCCUCACUGGGAGGUAUGGGUCAGGGGAAAACUCGGCCCCCAGCCCUAAUAGACCUCUAGAGUGGCACCCCUAGGAGGCUAAAGAUAAGGAGGAAUGCUAGACCAGGGUAGAGGCCAAUCGGGUGCCCAACCACCCCCCCAUCCCUAUCACUUAUGGCAUGCUAGCAGGUACAGUUGAAGGGUACUUUACGGGAGUCCAACAGGUGGUCGUGCAAGGGCUGUACCAAGAUCAGGUUAAACAAACGGGACUUGUAGCCUGGAACAAAUUAGAUGAAGGGUCUACCAAAUCUCCCAUAGUAGGGGUAAGACAAAAACCCAACAAACCCCUACCGGAGUUCAUAGAUAGAGUCCAACAGAGUAUGUAGUUAAUUUCCCCAUUCAUGGUUGCCCUCAAGGGAUUACUGGAGGGACAGAAAUGCCCAUACAACAUAUGAGGGGGCAUUCUGGGCUUCCAGGAUUUCUGUCCAAGGGAAACUGGCGAGUCAACAAGCUGACAUUGGGAUUUAGGAUAUUGACCUUAAAAGACAGUCCAUACAAGGCAUGCCAACCCUUCCUAAAGGUACCCCCUUUACAAACGCAGGGAGUUAACCCCAGAGCCAAAUAUCCUCUGAUAAAUAGCUGUUAAAUUUAAAUAUGUUUUUGUUUUAAUAGAACAAAAGAGAGAAUUAGCACCCAUAUUCAGUUAUUCUGCACCCUGAGGCCAUCACACUCUGGCCUCAGGGCUACAAGGACACCAGCGUAGGGCCCCAAUCAGGGCCUUCUGCUCCCCAGCCACUCCUUCGUGCCCCUUGUGGGGCAGGAACUCCUGGAGUGACAGUCCCUACAAAAAAUGAUGACAGAAUACAGGCUUGCGGUGGUGGGUGCUGGAGGUGUGGGAAAGAGUGCCCUGACGAUCCAGCUGAUCCAGAAUCAUUUUGUAGAUGAAUAUGACCCCACCAUAGAGGAUUUCUAUCGGAAACAGGUGGUCAUUGAUGGGGAGACAUGUCUGCUGGACAUCCUAGACACAGCGGGUCGGGAGGAAUGUGGUGCCGUGAGGGACCAAUGCAUCCACACAGGGGAAGGUUUCCUCUGUGUGUUUGCCAUCAACAGCACCAAGUCCUUUAACAACAUCCAUCAGUACAGGGAGCACAUCAAACGGAUAAAGGACUCGGAUGAUGUACCAAUGGUGCUGGUGGGGAACAAGUGUGACCUAGCUGCUCGUACUGUUAAGUCUUGGCAGGCCCAGGACCUUGCCCACAGCUAUGGCAUCCCCUAUAUCGAAACCUCAGCCAGGACCCGGCAGGGUGUGGAGGAUGCCUUCUCCACACUUGUCCGUGAGAUUCGGCAACACAAACUACGGGACCUAAACCCUCCUGAUAGGAGUGACCCUGGCUACAUGAGCUGCAAGUGUGUGCUAUUGUGA